UUAAAUCACAUAUGAUCGAUGCACGCUUAUAAAACAAAUGUUUAUAGGCUUUUAAUUUACUCACAUAAUACCAAUUGCUUAUUUAAACAAAAGUAUUGCAUUCAGGAAUAUAUACCAUAUAUAGCGAAUUAACAUUUAUAUUAAUAAAUAUGGGAGAGAUUGGAGGUAUCAGCAGUGAAGCAGGAAUUCCUCAGAUAUUAGUAUUCAAGCCAACUAUGGAAGAAUUUAAGGAUUUUAGUAAAUAUGUCAAUUACAUGGAAACUUGUGGGGCUCACAAGGCGGGUUUAGCAAAAGUUAUACCACCACCCCAAUGGAAACCCACGCUGAAAGACUACGAAGAAUUCGAAGAUUUGAUUAUCCCCACACCCAUCUCUCAAAUGGUUUCUGGAAAAAAUGGGAUUUACACCCAAUUCAACAUUCAAAAGAAACCCAUGACUGUUAGGGAAUUCAAGAAACUCGCCUUCACAGAAAAAUAUCGAACUCCCGCCUUUUCCGAUUACGACGACUUGGAGCGCAAGUACUGGGCCAACGCCCCCUACAAUAACGCCAUAUACGGGGCGGAUGUUUCGGGCUCCCUCAUGGAUAAUCCGGCGCACACGGAAGAUUGGAACAUCAACAAGCUCGGCACCAUCCUCGAUGACGUGGAAAGAGAUUGCCAGGUCAGGAUCGAGGGCGUCAAUACGGCCUACCUUUAUUUCGGAAUGUGGAAGACUUCCUUCGCCUGGCACACCGAAGAUAUGGACCUUUACAGUGUCAACUACCUCCAUUUUGGAAUGCCCAAAUCUUGGUACGCCGUGCCUCCCAAGUACGCCUCGCGGUUGCAAAGGCUGGCGGAAAAUUAUUUCACCGCCACGGCUAAGACCUGCAAAGCCUUCCUGCGCCACAAGAUGACGCUCGUGAGCCCGCUCGUGCUCAAGAAAUACGCCGUGCCUUUCAAUAAAAUAACCCAAGAACCGGGCGAGUUCAUGAUCACUUUUCCUUACGCCUACCAUCAAGGUUAUAACCACGGUUUUAACUGCGCAGAAUCUACCAAUUUCGCCUCCAUCAGAUGGAUAGAGUAUGGCAAACGGGCCACUUUAUGUUCUUGCAGUUCCGACAUGGUUCGCAUAGGCAUGGACUCAUUCGUCAGAAAGUACCAGCCCGAGCGGUACGCCCUGUGGAAAGCCGGUCUAGACACCGGGCCCCACCCAGAGGACCAACCGGCUUACGACGCCUACAUAGCCCAGCUUUACGCCGAAAUUCUGCCCAUGUUCCACGCCAAAAUCGGUUAUCUCGGUGGUCAAGCCGACGAUAGGACAAUCAAAGAAAGUUUAGGACUUAACGGAGGGGACCUAAAGUUAACCCUCAAGCGGUCCAAGAGACACCCGUCUUGUCCGGAAGGCGCUCAUAAUACAUGCUACACCGUGGACAAUCAAGAUCUCAAAUCGGGGUUCGGCCCCUCCUCCAAGCGGCAAAAUGAUGACCAAGAAGAUGCGGGCGACAUCGUCGCCAACGCCAAAAGUGAGGUUAAAAAUAGGGUACCGAAAUCGCCGACCAAAAGGAAGAUGUUCGCGAUCGAUGGUGGCCAUAUUCCAACUGGGCAGAUCGAAUCCCGUGCUGGCGAAAAGGAAAUCAAAGCUAAAAAGAAAGAUAAAUCUCCCGUUCCUGUCAGGCACGUGUGUUUUCCGGCCGAAAAUUUUGUCGAAACGCCCGACCUUCCGCACGCGUUAUCUAACAGCAGUAAAAUAGUGUUUAGUAAACCCAAGUUAAAAGUCCCCAACGCGCCUGCGAAGCCGGACACCGAAAAAAUCGAGUAUAGUAUGCCGGAUAUAACCAAAUCCUACAAGCUUAGAGAUGAUGCCAUUUUAUACAGGGCCGCCACCCUGGCUCAUCCCAUCCUUUGGAAACCUUACUUUGAAAGCACUCCACCCGCUGACACACCCGACGAAAUUCUCGAGGGAAAAUUGGACGAAAGUAACAACGAUAUGGCGCAACUUCGACGGUUCAACACCUGGUUUGCCAGGGGAGGGGCCUGGUGUUCCAUUUGUCAAUUGCUUAAGCCCAUGGAUAUCUCUAGGUAUCACCAAUUCAAGGAGACCUUAAUCGCCGAUGACGUUCUAUCGAGCAGCUUCGGAGGACUCAAUGCUUCGAGUGGCGGGAAAGUGAAUGGUAAUGAUGGCAAAGUAGGUCUUUUCGCGGGACUCGGAGUCGCGCCUGACAAGGAUUUUGGGAAAGUUAUUUAUCCAGCCAAAAAGGAAAUAGUGGUACGAGGCGAAACGCGAUCUUCCGAUCUUAAGUUCAUGCUGGAAGAAGAGGAACAUCCAGAACCUGCACCUAAAAUAUUGUCCGCAAAUAACGCUGACGAUAAAAAUAAGGUUCCUUUAACCUCCCGCAACAGUUAUUACGAUACGGCGUUGCCCGAUGACGGGAACAAGAAUAAUACCCAUCCGCCAGAUCGGGCCCCUAUUUUAUUACCGGAAGUUUGUUUCGACACCAGACAAAUUCAAGAUGGCGGCUGCCUGAGUGGUGAAGAUGAGGCAGCAAUCGCCGGAGCGGAUCAUUUCAUCCACGAAAGAGGAAUAACGAAGGCGGAGAAUAUUAAAGGAGAGGCAGACGAUAAAAGGGAAGCAGACUAUUUCAACAAAAAAGCCAUUGAGGCGAAGGAAGGAGACGAUCGUCUGCUGAAGUGUAGAAUAUGCGCCGUUUCUGUUCAUGCUUUUUGCUAUGGCAUCCAACUGUCCGCUCUACCUCAGGACCUUACUUUUUGGACUUGUCGCGCGUGCGCGUCUUUACCAAAUAAUCUUCCCUCGUGUAGCCUUUGCGGGUUGAGGGGCGGCGCCCUGACCUCUACUUUAGACGGGAAUAGCUGGUGUCACGUGAUUUGCGCCGUUACCCUCCCGGACGUAUCUUUCGGUAAAGUGGCAGAACGCCAGGGGGUGCUCGUCGCUUUGAGCGCUUACGAUCGCCUGUCGGCGCCAUGCUUCUUUUGCACCAACCAAUGCUUUGAUCAAUCGAAUUCGCAUAUUUCUUCUAACCCUUUUCCCGUUCCGCCCAAGAGCAAGGUUAAACACGAAGAUUCUUUGAAACAACUCCCCGCUAAGCCCAAAAGAAAAUAUACUUUUAUUAAUAGAACCCCUAAGUCGGUUAGUUCCAAAUCCUCCAAGCCGCCAAAAAAUAUCCAUAAUAAUUCCGGGUUAACUACCACCGCCCAUGCCCGCCAAUUUAAAGAUGGCGCCGUAGCGACCAACGGCAACCAGUCUAUCAAAUCCGAAAUAAAUUACGAUUCCCUUUCCGCGGCAAAUGGUUUUGACGAUUUCGAUAAAGCCGCCACUCACAGUAUUCUUGCAUCUUCCGACCUAUCCCCGGAAUUUACUGGUAACUCGAUUGACUCGAAUAACGCCAACGAUGCGAAUCUCGAUGAUUCUGGCAAGUUCACGAAUCAUCUGUCCCCUCGCCAUAAUAUUAUCGCGACGAGCGAACGCAAAAUUCGUGCCAAAAAUAUUGACCAAAACUCUUCUUCAAAAAACUACUCAAAAUCCAAAGACGAUUUCUUAAAUAUCGCAUCCUCAUCAAACAACACAAAUAUUUCGGUAGGACUAACUCUCCGUUGUUCGGCUUGUCCGUUAACCUUCCAUGCCACGUGUGGCUACCUAUCGGGUUGCGGAUUCGAGAUAGCGGAUUGGCCCGAGCCGCCGCUUUCCGUCACUUGCAUGGACCAUUAUGCCCCGUUCAUAAAAGCCAACAUAGCCGCCCCUUUAACCAAGGUAGCCGGCCACUUUUCGUUAGGGAAGGCAGGCGGCCAUAGACAAGAAAUAUUCCAAGAGGAUCAGCUCGUUUACGCCAAGCACAAAAACACUCGCUAUUACAUGGCCGUGGUGAAACAGACGCGAAGAAAUUUAUAUUACAAAUUCGCCUUCGAUGACGGUUCCUACUGCGAUAACGGAUUGCCGCAGGAUGUGGAGAACUACGACUGUAUCGUUAACGGAGCUCCUCCCAUGGAUUCCGCUAUCAAGGUGCGGUGGAUAGAUGGCAAAGUGUACGGAGCCAUUUUUAAGGGCACUAAGCUAGACAUUUUUUACAAUGUUGAAUUCGAGGAUGGAUCUCAAUCUCUGCUUAAAGCCAUGAACGUCUACCCAUCAAAUAUUGACCUCAUACCUGAACGUAUUAAAAAUAAGAUAUCUCGCGCAAGUUUACCUCAAAAACAAAAUUCUUACUUUUGCUACUGA